CAACCUAAAAUUCAACCUCCCUAUUGCUUCACAUUCGACAGCGCAGAGAGUUCUUUCUUAUCGCUUCCUGGAUCAAAACGAGGGAUAGAACUAGAAGCAUGAAGCCCAAGGCCACUUACCCCAUCAACCACAAGUUCCUUCUCCUAGGCAUCUUCCUCGCAUUUCUCGUUAUCUUCAUUUUGAGAUCAAGCUUUUCUUCUUCCAAUGAAGUCUCCUCUUCCGUUUCCCAAAACUCCUCCUUGAAAGCCUCGUCAGAAGCAAAGGCAUCCGACUGCUCGCCGACUUGUUCCAAGAUCCCGAAUCCACUAGCACAAGCUCUCAUCCACUAUACAACGUCGACCAUCACCCCUCAACAAACACUCAAGGAGAUAUCGGUGACUGCUCGGGUCCUCAAAAAGAAAUCGCCAUGCAAUUUCCUCGUGUUCGGACUCGGCCACGACAGUCUCAUGUGGAGCUCCCUCAACUAUGGCGGGCGAACUAUCUUCCUAGAAGAAGACGAGGCGUGGAUAGAGCAAAUCAAAAAAAGGUUUCCGAUGCUGGAGUCAUACCACGUGAGUUAUGAUAGCAAGGUGAACCAGGCGGAUAACCUAAUGGAAGCAGGGAAGGUGCCGGAGUGCAUGGUGGUGAGCGACCCUAGAUACUCCAUGUGCCAACUCGCGCUUAAGGGCUUGCCAGACGAAGUUUACGAGAGACAAUGGGACCUUAUCAUGGUCGAUGCGCCGACGGGAUACUAUGAGGAGGCACCGGGGAGGAUGACGGCGAUAUACACAGCAGGGAUGAUGGCUAGGAAUAGGAAGGAGGGAGAGACGGAUGUGUUUGUGCACGACGUUAACAGGUCCGUAGAAGACAAAUUCUCCAAGGAAUUCUUGUGUGAGGGUUACAUGAAAAAACAGGAAAACAGGUUGAGGCACUUCAUCAUCCCUAGCCACACAGGCGAGUCCAGCAUGCCCUUCUGUCCAGUCUAAAAUUAGAGGCCAAAGCCAAAUUUUCGGAUUUCUUUCUCAUGGAAUCUGGGGUUUUCUUGUUCAUGGAGCGGCCACAGGGCCACCGACGCGGGUCUAGGACAGCGUUUUGAGCUUAUAAAUAAGCAUGUGUGCUGUAGUCCUUCCUUGUCAUAAGCAUCACUUUUCUCCCCGCAAUGUAAAAAUACACUUGGGCUAUUUCACUCUUCUUAUAUCUUC